AUGGACCACUCGGCUCCUUCCUGCCCAUCGCUAUCUAGCUUUGCUUCUCGUGGUCCUCAAACUGAUGAAUCCAUUGCUAACGCCUUUUUAUCUCAAUGCAGCUUAUCGAACUUCCGUCCGGACUGGUUUGCUGACUCCGGCGCAACUGACCAUAUGACUUCCUCUACUCAAAAUGUCCAAAAUGCUUCGGCUUCCUCAGGGAACCAGGAAAUUGUCAUGCAAGCAUUCAUUCACACGUUAAAUAAAGAAUUUGCUAUCAAGGAUCUGGGUGAGUUAAAUUAUUUUUUGGGCCUAGAAGUUGUGAACCACUCAAAUGGGUUGUUCCUUCAUCAAUCUAAAUAUGCAAUUGACAUAUUGGAACGUGCAAAAAUGUUGGAGUGCAAACCGGCUUUUACUCCUCUGUCUGUGAAUAUUUCUUUUGUAGCUAGUGGUGCUCCAUUUGAUAAUCCAUCACUUUAUCGGUCGAUUGUUGGUGCUCAACAAUAUCUCACCAUCACUCGUCCUGAUCUCUCUUAUGCAGUCAAUCAAGUCAGCCAGUUUAUGCAUUCUCUGACAACUCAUCAUUUCCAGGAGGUUAAGCGGAUCUUACGCUAUGUGAAAGGCACUAUUUCCUAUGGACUUCACUUCUCUGUUCCAAAACACAAUACUUUGGUUGGUUUCUCAGAUGCGGACUGGGCACGUUUCCUGGAGACACGACGUUCUACCUAUGGUUAUUCCAUUUUUCUUGGUGGUAAUCUCGUCUCAUGGUGUGCAAAGAAACAACCUACAGUCUCCCGUUCAAGUUUUGAAUCCGAAUACCGGGCCAUGGCAAACACUGCAGCUAAAAUUAUAUGGGUUACUCAGCUUUUGAAGGAACUUGGCACUCUUCCAUCCGGGCCUCCAACUCUUUUAUGUUACAAUCAAAGCGCGUUAUUUUUGACUCAAAACCCUGUCGCUCACAAACGUAUUAAACACUUGGAGUUAGAUGUUCACUUUAUUCGGGAGCUCGUUUCGUCUGGAAAGCUAAUCACCAAAUUUGUUCCGUCCAAGCUUCAGGUGGCUGAUAUCUUCACUAAGAGCUUAUCCCGUCCUCAGUUCGACAUCUUUCGUGACAUGCUUCGUCUCGGGCCGCCACCAUUUCGCUUGCGGGGGGUGUUAACCGAUGAAUUUGUUUAG